AUGGUAGACACACAAGAGAAUGGUACUUGUGCUACACUUGUGCCACUAUUUGAUGCAAAGACAGAGGACUUAAAUGUCAAGGACCUUCAAUCCUCAUUUCUCAAUGCCCUGGCAUUAUCUAUUGCAGAUAUUGUUCACACAAAAGAUGAACAGAAGGCCUUCAAGUCUCAUUUAAUAUUCACUAUUCUCCACAUUCUUGUGAAGCAUGGUGGCCAGGGAUUUCAGUGCUUCCAGGUUGAUCUUGACAAGGCACAGCCAGAGACGGCUGACAAGAUCAAGAUUCAUAAAUCACAAUUACACCCAUUGCCUACUUGGAAUAUUGAUGAAUCUUCAAUUACAGGAAAUGCAGAGGUUAUUGAGGCAAUAAAUAAAGAGCUUCAUCUUGAUCAGGUUCCAGAAGCUGCAGAGCAUAUUCAAUUUCUUGCUGGUGAUCAGCUGUCCAUUGCUCGACUAUGUGCUUUCGAGCUGAUCUGA